AUGGCCCAGGGCUCCGGCUCGUACUACGAUGACUACAUGCGCAGCAACGCGAUGCUCAAGCACUGCGGCGAAAAGAACGCCAAGAAGCUGCUGACGGACCGGAACGCCUACAUUUCCUUCCUCGAGGUGCAGCUCGAGCGCGUGUCGGCCGCGUGCUUGACCACGCAAACCUUCGAGCGGCGUCUGGCGGAGCUCGAGUGCGCCCAGCUCGCCAACGACCAGAAGGUGGGGUCGCUCUCCAAGGUCUUCCGACUGAACCAGGAGUACGUGGAGCAGACGACGCAGCAGGCGCAGAGCGAACUUGCAGCCCACGCAGCUAAAGUCGACACCUGGAUGGAGAAACUUUCGGCCGAGCUCCAGCGGCAGGAGCCCCGCAUGGCGACGCUCGAAGACCAGUUCCGCCAGUGCCAGGAGUACCUGCCGCGUUUGGCGGAGAGUAACGACGCAGCACUCCACGACGUCAAGCACCAGGCGGAGCAGGAGAUUGAGGAGAUGAAGGCACAAGUGUUCGCGCUCGAUGCCCGGGUUGAGGAGAUGCACUCAUGCCAGUCAGCGAUAGACACAAAGGAACUGGCGGUCGUUCGCUCCUCGGUGUCGGAAAAGAGCUUUCAGCUGGAAAGAACUGUGACACAACUAGGCAAUGAUUUGGAGCUACUAGUGCACCAAGUGGACGCCUCCUUGCGAGCGGAGACAUCGGAGACCACGGGCCAAUUCGACGCGCAUAUCAGCAGACUGCAGCAACGACUCGGUCAUCUUCAACAGGAAGUCAAGCACGGACAGGCAGAAGUGAAGGACGUGCUGAAAAAAUAUUUCGACACGCAGCAUCUUCUGAGCGGUACGGUGGUGGCACUUCAGUCCGAGAUUGAUGAUAAGCAAGCAACGCUCAAGAAUGCGCUGCAGCUUCUACAGGCCUGUGCUCUUGAAGCCCAACAAGCCAGUGAGGAUCGCUGCAGUAAAUUGGCCGAUCGACUGGCUGCUGCCGAAGACUCGUUCGAGGGACUGACCGAUGAUUUGGUGAGUUGGCACUUCUAA